AUGUACUGGGACUAUGAAUCCACACUUAUUAUCUCGUCUACUGCCAUUUGGCCCGGCCAUAGCCCAUUACAAUACGGCAAAGCAGAAAACCUUUAUCUUGGCACCAAAACACGCUACAAGCUUAAGUGGGCCCAAACCACUCGAAUUCUUGGGGCUUGCUAUGCGGAUUGCGGUAUGGAUGGUUACAAGUGUUCACGAGGCUUAUUGAUGGUUCAAGGAGUGGAAGUUUUGAGCUGCUUAGGAGCACCAAAACUCAAGCUCAUUUCUUGA